AUGAAAUUCAUUGCUGUAUCAUCCAUUGCUCUUCUUUUUAUCGGUCAAGCUUUUGCCAAGCCUGCUGAAGGAUGUCUCAAGAACUAUACAAUUACUGCUGUCGAUAGUUGUGUAUCUGUUGCUGCUCAAUUCCAAAUUACAGAAGCUGAAUUCUAUGCCAUGAAUCCUGGACUUCAUCACAGCGCUGCUCAUGAUUGUGAUAACCUUGACACUGGUAAGCCAUUCUGUGUCUGUAUGAAGGAACCUUGUUCUGGUGGUGUUGCUGUUGCUGGCAACUCUACCAGCAAUGCUACUUUACCCUCUACUGCCCUUGUCUCUGCUACCGCUUCCGCUUCCGGUUCUGCUUCUGCUUCUCCAGUCUCUCUUUCUGCUUCUGCAACUCCUUCUCUCGUUCAUACCAACACUACAAGCGCUAGUUCCGGUGGUAGCUCUUCAUCUGCCGUCCCUAGUAGCUCUCAAUCUGCUAAAGCUGCCAGUUCUGCUUCCACUACCACCAUCUUCACUGUUGCUGCAUUCGGUAUGACUCUAGCAGCUUCUUCUUUAUUGUUAUAA